UUCUUGAUCCGUUCAAUUCAUUUUCUGCUCGCCACAUACCAUAUUAGGAAGACAAGAAAGCUGUUUCUCCAAACUUGCAAGAAUGGCUGAAAAGGGCCCUGAUUUCUACUCCCACAGAGUUCCUUCCAAGCCACAGGUGGUUGCUGAGAUGAAGGAGCUGUGGGCAAUGACACUUCCCAUAACAGCAAUGAACUUUCUUGUCUAUGUUCGAGCUGUUGUUUCAGUCUUGUUCUUGGGCAGGCUUGGCAGCUUAGAAUUAGCCGGCGGCGCCCUCUCCAUCGGCUUCACAAACAUAACCGGCUAUUCAGUUCUUGUUGGGCUUGCAUCAGGGCUGGAGCCGGUGUGCAGCCGGGCCUACGGCUGCAACGAUCUCGACCUCCUGUCGGCGUCUCUCCACAGGAUGAUCAUCAUCCUUUUAAUGGCUAUCAUCCCCAUUGGUGUCCUGUGGAUCAAUCUUGAGUCGAUCAUGGUGUUCAUGGGGCAGGACAGGGAGAUCACCUCCAUAGCUGCAACCUAUUGCAUUUACUCAAUUCCUGAUCUCCUGACCAACACUCUGCUGCAGCCAUUGAGGGUUUAUUUGAGGUCACAGAGAGUGACCAAGCCCCAAAUGUGGUGCACUUUGCUGGCAGUGGUCUUCCACAUCCCCCUCAACUAUGUUCUUGUGAUGGGGUUGGGGUGGGGGGUACCUGGUGUGGCUAUGGCUUCUGUUCUCACAAAUCUGCAUAUGAUGGUCCUGAUGAUGGUAUAUGUCUGUUAUUGUGGGAGAUGGGAGUGGAAAUGGAAAGCUGUUGGAGAUGGAACAUGGAAAGAGAUCUUCCAUCUGCUAAAGCUUGCUGUUCCUAGCUGUGCUGGGAUAUGUCUUGAGUGGUGGUGGUACGAGAUUGUCACCGUGCUCGCCGGAUACUUGCCCGAUCCUAAGCUUGCCGUGGCGGCCACUGGGAUCAUGAUUCAGACCACUAGUCUUAUGUAUACAAUCCCUAUGGCCUUGGCUGGAUGUGUCUCAGCUAGGGUGGGGAAUGAAUUGGGCGCAGGCAGACCAUACAAAGCCAAAUUGGCUGCAAUAGUGGCAUUAGCUAGUGCAUUUGCAAUAGGGCUGAUCAAUGUGGUUUGGACAGUAGUGUUUAGGACAAAAUGGGGUGGAAUUUUCACAAAGGAUGAGAUGCUGAGAUCCCUUGUAGCAUCAGUUCUGCCAAUAAUAGGGCUGUGUGAGCUCGGGAAUUGCCCGCAGACCACCGGCUGCGGCAUCCUGAGGGGCACAGCCAGGCCGGCUGUUGGCGCCCGGAUCAAUCUUGGCUCAUUUUACUUUGUGGGCACUCCUGUGGCUGUCGGAUUAGCUUUCUAUCUCGGCGUCGGGUUCCCCGGGCUGUGGCUAGGCCUGCUGUCGGCGCAGGCAGCAUGUGCUGUUUCGAUUCUUUAUGCAGUGCAUUGCACUGAUUGGGAAGGUGAAGCCAUGAAAGGAACCAGCUUGGAAAUGGGAGGUAAGUGUGAACCUGAUGAAGAGACAAAAGGGCUGUUGGUUGUAGAAGAUCAGAGAUGAAGGGAGCUUGGUAUGUGUGGCUUUCCGUACGAUUCUUGGAGAUCACAUUGUCCUCUUAUUGCAUCAAAUCAUGAAUGAUGAAAAGGGUUCAAGAUUUUGGGAAUUUUGAGACGUGGGGUUAUGUAAACGUGUUAUCAGUAAUAUUAUGAUUCAUAGUUGGCCUAAAUCAAUGUGAUCGAUCUAUAUUCGAACCUGAAUUCAAAUAAAAAUGGUGUAUGAUUUUUGAACCUUGUUCAAUGGUGGCAAUCCAAAUACAAUAAUGUGGAUAUGGAUUGAAGAGUGGUUGUCUAUGAAGCAAAGGUGUCGGAUGCAUAGUGGCUAGUUUGUUUUUUAGUGAAUCAGUGGGAUUUUUUCUUAGGACAAGUGCCAAGUCUAGGAAAGGGCAGUGUAGUAACUUGGUGGGGCUCAUAACUGUGACACAUCUCGAAAGGGGGCUUUAAAGAUUUGAUUUUAAAGGAUAGUGCUCUUAAUUCUGAUACACCAAAGUUUUGUCUUGUUCGGAAGAUUUGCAGUUGUUACCUGAAUUUGAUGACCCUACUUGGAUGGAAAGCCUUCACUAUUAGCCAUUCCUUUUUUGCAAGUUUUGGAAUAUUGGAU